GAAUGUCGGGUUCUUCCGCCGCAGCAGGAGGAGGACCCUCCCCUUCGUCCACGUCUACAGUAGGACAGCAGCAGUCUUCUACCUCCGCUGCACCACAAGCACAGCAGAGCCUUCGCGUGUCUGUGUUAACCUGGAACGUGGCUGGGUCGGUUCCAUCCCGUCAAUGUGCAGACAAGCUGCGGGCACGGAUGUUGUAUUCCAGUAGAAUGCCGGAUUUAAUUAAGACUUCUUCCGGAAACUCGAAUCUUCCAACUUUGAGGAGCAUCUUGGAAACUCAUCUUCCAACUUUGAGGAGCAUCUUGGACCCCCGUGUAAGGGGGAAAUGGGUCCAAGAUGACCGUGGAUGUUCAAGCAAGGGUACACUAAAUACCUACUUACUACCAACUUAACCCUGUUAGUUGACGAUGAGCCACCUCCAAGAUGAGUUUCAAAAUGGGAGAUUCGUCCCUGAGGAUCUAACUUAGUCUUUUUGGGCCUGCAGGAAGUGGUCGAGCUGAAAGCGAACGCACUGGCUAGCUACUAUCUUUAAGGCUGAUGCUGGCGACCAGAGAAGACCUCUCGUCCAUUUUAGUGUGGAUCAGCUUUGCGUAGCUCCAGUUGCCGCAGAAAGGUAGGCACUCUAAGUACAAGGUGUAAUUCCACCCGUGGACGAAAAUCGCAAGCAUGAUAUCAUCGCCGCGAUCUCUAUUUUUGCUCUAAUACCAGAAUCGCGAAGCCCCUCAAAGAUUGGACGUGUGGGAGCCCUUUGUUCAGAGGUUGGGCUUCCACGUAGUCGGAAAAGAGCAAAUGGUUGGACUAGCUCUGUGGAUCUUGGUGAGACCGACAAGUCACCAACAGCAACGUGACGCAAUCGGACGAGCUAGUAGUGGUUUACGCGUGACAGCAUGUGACAUCGAGCAAAUACGGACAGCUGCGAUGGGGAUGAUAGGCACAAAGGGAGCCUUAGUUUCGUCCCUGAGGAUCAACGUGACAAGCGGUGGGCAAGAGGGAGGUAUGGGCACAGGUGGGCGGAUUGUGAUAUCUAAGAAUAAUUUGCUGGUCAGAAGAAUUAAGGGGAAUCGUGAUGGAAUCACACACAUGAAAAGAAGAAGAGGAAAGUUCUGGCGAUAGUAGCUGGUGAAGAGGGUCUUCAGGUCUUCACGUAGCAUAGAUCUGACGCUGAAGUAGUAGGUUUCAUCGUUCUUACACACGUGUUGAAGAGUCAUGAAUUUCGUAAAGGCAUCAAGCAAGGACAGAUGGUAAUCCUCUGACUGUCUUUUUAUCGAUGAAUAUUAAUAUUUAACUUUAGGUGCAGCAAAAAGUUUAACAAGGAGUAGAUUCGAGUAGAUUCGUGUUUUUCUUGCUCCAACAUUUUAAUACAAGAGCGGCGGCUAAGACGAUGGCGAGUCAGUUGUCUACGACGUUGACAUUGUGUGGUAUCAACGUGCACUUACCAUCGGGAGAAGGCCCUGAGUGCAUAGAGGAACGAAAGCACGCUGUCUCACAAAUUUUCGCAUCACUGGGUGCGAGAGUGCCUUAUGGAACAAGAAUUGGAUGUUUUUCUUUGAUUGAAGAACUAACAGGGUUAAGUUGGUCGUAGUAAGUAGUGUACCCAUGAUUCGUAGGGUACUUGUAAUACACCCAUUCACG